AAAAAAAUUCGCCCGCUGGCAGAGGCAUUUAACGUGCCUUACCAACGGCUCCUUCGACGCGUCAAAGGGCUACCUGGGCGAAAUUCUACCAAACCAGUUAACUAUGCACUUGAUAAGCACCAGGAGAAUGCACUCAAACACUGGAUUGAGCAAUUAGAUCAAGCUGGAGUGCCUCCAACAGCUAAAAGGAUAGAAAAAAGUGCCAACUUGAUCCUACAACGUGCCCAUACGGACCCAACUACCCCUCCCAAAAAAGUCAGCAAAGAAUGGCCAUAUCGCUUUCUUGAACGCUUAGGACCUGAAUAUACACGGCUUAAACAAAGGCCAAGGGAUCCAAAGCGCCUACAAUCUCAGGAUCUUGGAAUAAUUCAGAACUGGUAUGAUCGGUUAGAGAUCCUCCUUAGACAGUAUCAGAUCCAGCCUCAGGACUUCUAUAAUUUUGAUGAAAUUGGCUUUAUGGAGGGCCAGGGCCGUGGAGAAGUGGUAAUCACUAAAUAUCCAUCAAGAGCUCAAUAUCCUGGUGCCUCUUUUUCUCGUGGUUUAAUCUCUGUUGUGGAGUGUAUUUCUGCAGAUGGAUCAGUCCUUCCUCCCUGCAUUAUUCUCCCAGGAAAGGGCCAUCUAGAGGGGAGGUUUCCUAGCAAGUACGCUUUGCUCGUCGGAUGGCUCGAUAGUAACUAUUUGUUACAGACCUAACCACAUCAGCCUCACGUGAUUAUAUG